GCGCGUCUUGCUCUUUGCCCUCAUCUAAGACCUCGAGUUCGCACUUGUCCGACACUCUGCACUCGAACUUUUGGUCAUCGUGUCGUGUGGUAACAUGCAACUGUGCGAGACGGGAACCAUGAUUGCAAGGGGAUCAUAAUAGAAACGUAAUAUCCAACGAUUUAGAAUUCUACGCGGCCACGUUCACGUUCAGCGGGGCUCGAGUUGUCUUUACUGAUCGAAUGCGAGCUCCAUCAGGCUUCAGUAUUACAGUUCCGGGCGGAAUAUACUGUUCGACGUGCAAGCGAGCGGCAAGAUGGCUGGACAUUUCGUCUUUAUCUUCGUCUUUCCUCCUCCGUUGCGUUCUCACGAAGUUGUUUAUAUCCCUGAACCAUUACAUCUCAGCCAACGUCCAAUGAGGUUCUAUUAUGGUCGAUGUAAGUUUUGCCCCUUGGAUAUGCGUCGUGCUGAUUACCAGCGACUGCAAUUUAGACCUUCAAGAACUUCUCUCCGUGCAUUACGAUUUCCGCGAUUUAGACUUAACUACUGGCGGAACGUGGACCCUCAUUACUCCUGAGAUGAAUUGUCUCCAUAUCCUGCCGGGCAUCUGUCAUAAGUCAUACCCCUUGGGCAAGGUCAAGAAUGAAGAGACUGCAAAAGUUGUCUCUCGCAUUGAAUCUGAUACGCGCAAAUGGUUGCUUCUGGACUGUGUGAAGCCAGUAAAAAUGGCAUCACGCUUAUCGUUGCGAGACCAUUCCCUGACUUUGCAGAAUACCACAUUUUCUCCGUCAAUCGCUGACCUCGAGCUGGAUACCAUGAGAGUUUUGCUCGAUGCCUCCAAACAAGUCGCCGAGUACCACCUCUCAUGGUGGAAUAAAACUCACAAGCACCGGACUUUCCAUAUAGACUGGAUAGAAGAGGGAGAGAUUGAAUCUGUGAGACUCACAGAUCCACUCUCGGUAUUCAUUAAUACUAUACUUGAGCGGAGGGCGCAUCGUGCAUCGUUGGUACGGCUGAUGAGGGCGCCAGGACCAUACGAUGGCGGGGCAGACUUUGUUUUUGAGAAAUACAUGAAGGUUGCCAUUUCAUUGUUGUUUGAUACCGACCACUUGGUCCUCCUAAGCUGCGAAGGCCAAGUACAGGAUCUUCCUCCGUGUUCAUCCCAGAACUGUUUCCCGCUCGUUGUUGCAGGUGGGGGUCCCGAUAUGGACUCGGUGCGGAGUGAGAUGGCUAGAAUCCUACGACCUACAUUAGUCCAUCUGGUCCAGAAACACCGGCAUAGUCAAGAGACGACAAGUGAGACCGCACUUCCAAAACACUGUGUCCUGUAUGGUCUUCACUGGUCGAGAACUCACUUACGGAUUUUCGUUCAUUUUCCUAUCUGUACAAUGGGUGAAGACCCUACAGGCUGGAAAUUUGGUCAAGCACUUGCGGCACAACAUUGGGUCGCACUGGAACAGGUUCAUCCCGAACGGGUCUCAUCUCAUUGUAAUUCUCAAGAUACCUUUUUCCUGGGUCGUUGGCGAAUGACUGUUGCACUCUUUGCCAUUCGGGCUCGCAUCCACGAGUUGGAACAGCUCUUGACUGAUAUCCAUAUGCCGAAAAUGAUACCACAAAUGCAAUCACAGCCCGCCUCCCCCGGUUCUGAUCAAACGCUCGCUAAAUUUGAACCUCGGUCUUCGUCAAUAAGUCAUUAUGUUCACGCCAUGCGACGAUUUUGGAGAGACCGUCAAAUCGAGGUACCUGAAGAGUGGAUACCGGCCGAGGAAGAAGUUGUCGCAGUCGUCCCCACUGUGAGAAAACCAGGUAAUAUCGUUGUUGUCAAUACCCUAUUAUUUUCGCUUUCAGAGGUAAUGCUUCAUCCAUUGCGCCACUUGCUGGCUCCGCUUUCCAAGGAGACCAUGUCUGCACACCGCUUCGCUGACAAUCAUGUUGGUCCGAAUUUCCUGCAUUCACUCCAUGUCCCUAGGUCACAUUUCGAUUGGAAAGUGUUGAAGGUAGAUCUCGGGGAGAACACGAGACCACAUCUAGCUCGGCUGUACGACCUGCUAACUAUGAGUGCGACGUGUUGGGAAGAUGUCAGCAUUUUCUUGGCCAAUGUUUUCGCCGGCUUCUCCUCUUAUGCUGUUCGCUGGCAUCCACAAACCCGGUAUCCCUUCGAGAUGCAGACUCCGACCACAGAUCUAGUCCUUGAUUUUGCUCUUGCAGUACAAAUAGUCGCCCCAACGAUGAUGUUAACCAUCAAGCGUGCUUCUCAACUUCCCCUCACACUAUCCAGUCCAGGGAUAGUACUUGGCAUGCGGUCGACAACCUUGGAUUGCAAUGGUACAGCGAUCACCAACCGCGAACUGGAUGAUCUCAAGAUUCUGAUGGCGCCCCACCUGCGAGCGGUAAAUAUGGCGGUCAGUGGCGACAAUAACGACGAGGAUACAUUAUUGCCGAUUUGGGCAAAUCUGUUCGCAAUCUUCUUCAAGGCGGGAGUGGUGCACAUCAUAGCAUUUACUUUGCUCCACGCGGAAGGUGGUCCUGUUAUCGAUGCGUGUGUCGUGGAUAGUGUUACGAUCACAUUCAUUUCGGAUCUACGGACACACCUUUCCCUCACAUUAUUUAUUUGUAACCACUUAUUAAAACCUACCCAAACACACUCAUUGAUCCAUGCUCGAACCUGACCGAUACCGUAAGGAUAUACGAACACAUUGAUACUGCAUGUAUUUAGAUAAUAGUUGUAUAUAUACGCCAGACAAACUUCGGAUUAACUCCAAGUUUCGAAUGGUUUUACACUGCU